CAAUCGGCCAUUUUGUCGGUGCAGGCCAUCAGCUGCAGAGGGUAGAGGGGCGUAUAGUAUUUACUGGUUACCUGAAAGACACAUCAAGAACAUCGCAAUAUGAAUGAUACACUUGUUUCAUUCGCCAAGGAUUUCUUGGCCGGUGGUAUUUCCGCUGCCAUCUCCAAAACAGCCGUCGCCCCUAUCGAGAGAGUGAAGCUUCUCCUUCAGGUCCAGCAUGCCAGUAAGCAGAUCACAGCUGACAAGCAGUACAAGGGUAUCAUGGACUGCGUUGUCCGUAUACCCAAGGAGCAGGGAUUCCUUUCCUUCUGGAGAGGUAACCUUGCCAAUGUCAUCAGAUAUUUCCCCACCCAGGCCCUCAACUUUGCCUUCAAGGACAAGUACAAGAAGGUCUUCCUUGAUGGCGUCGACAAGCGCACGCAGUUCUGGAGGUACUUUGCUGGCAACCUGGCCUCUGGUGGUGCUGCUGGAGCCACCUCCCUCUGUUUCGUGUACCCCCUUGACUUCGCCCGUACCCGUCUGGCAGCUGAUGUGGGAAAGGCAGGAGCCGAGAGAGAGUUCUCAGGUCUGGGUAACUGCCUGAUGAAGAUCUUCAAGUCUGACGGCCUGAAAGGAUUGUACCAGGGCUUCAAUGUGUCUGUGCAGGGCAUCAUUAUCUACAGGGCUGCAUACUUUGGCAUCUAUGACACAGCUAAGGGAAUGCUUCCAGACCCCAAAAACACCCACAUUGUGGUCAGCUGGAUGAUUGCACAGACUGUGACAGCUGUUGCUGGCCUGACCUCAUACCCCUUCGAUACUGUCCGUAGACGUAUGAUGAUGCAGUCCGGACGUAAAGGAACUGAAAUCAUGUACACCGGGACCAUUGAUUGCUGGCGCAAGAUCGCACGCGAUGAGGGUGGUAAGGCUUUCUUCAAGGGAGCCUGGUCCAACGUGCUCAGAGGCAUGGGCGGCGCCUUCGUGCUGGUGUUGUACGAUGAGCUGAAGAAGGUCAUCUAAAUCUUCAUUGUCACAUCACUGUCCAAUUUGGCUAAAUGUAAUAACUUUCCAUUUCUACGGACUCUGCGUUCUGCCUUAUUUAUGGGAACAAACUUCUCACCAAUAGUGAGAGAUGGCUGUACGUUGUGCAUCUUUGAUUUUAAAACGUUCCACACCCUGUUUACCAAUGUCAUUCCUGUUUAAAAAGAAAUAUGAUACCUCCUCCUGUCAUUCACUAGGUUUGUAUGGUCCCAACUUGAAUAAAUUUAUUCUGGGGAACAAACUAAACAAUUUAUGUCUACUGUCUCCAAUACUGUUAUAGCAUGGGAUGAACACUCACUUGGAUAAUGAAAUGCACGAAGUGGAUUACACCCAACGGCUAUAUUUACUCACGCUUAUCUCUCCCUGAGCCUUUCUGCAUUUGACCGUGGCCACUUCUAGGAUUGUAGAGUAGAAUACUUGAGUGUCACCUCCUUUGUUGGGCCACUCAGAUUGUUAGUAGCACAAUCUAUAGCUUGUAUACUGACCUUACUGAGGUUAUCUUUCACAGCACAUGUAAAUUGACAGUAUUGCAGUUUUAGUUACUCAAAAAGCUAGAUGUGGCUCUUAAGACAAAUAUCUAGAAUAGAAUAUAUGUAUGUCCCGCUCAUUGGAUGUUCAGCGUCUGAAUAAAUAUUGCUCUUAAAUCUUGUAGAACAGAAUGACUACCAUGCAUCCAAGACACCAACUGAAUUAAAAUCUAUUCUCACACCCAUCAUAAGUUGCUUUGGCAUUGUAUGAAGUUUGGUUUUGCUUUGUCAACCUAAAUAGCAAACAUGAUUACAAGGCGUGGCGCAUGUUAAGUGAGCUGUAAAUGACUGGCUAGAUGAACACUUGCUUUAUUAGUCAUAUCUGUAGCCAGGCAGAGUGUUAUGGGAGAAAUACUUCCUCUACAUUUUUCACAAGUAAUAAAGCCUAUAUGACCUGGUGUAAAUUAACAUAGGUAUAAUUUGAUUAUAUAGAUAUAUAUAUGAAUUAUGAGAGAGAGAGAGUUUAAGGUAAACUUAGCAGAUAUGUAAAAAAAAUGGCAUGGCUUUUUUUUUUUUUUAAACCAAUGAAAAGUCAGAUUAAAGAUAAGGCAGCGAUUAAGAGGCCCUUACACACACACACACACACACAAGUUUCAAAGUACAAUCUGGUUUCAAUCUUCUACUUAACCCGAGAUACUGAAUGUGAACAGCAGGGGGCGCCAGUUGCAUACAGCGUGAAACUAGAUCAGCUCUGCUAAACUGCUCCCACUGAGAGUUUCUUAAUGAGGAGUGUCUAAAGCUCAAACAGGCUUUAAAACUUAUCAGAAUAUUAUGACAACAAAACAAAGGAUCACCCUGACCCAACCGAGAUAAACAGCCAUCACAAACAGCCAGGCAGUGUUUGCUAUAUUGAACUUAUUACUUCAAUACAGCGAGGCCUGCUGCCUGUAUGGUUCGUUUCAGAAGGUUAAAGAGGUGUUGAUGCAUUCCAGAGUGAUGCUGUGUAACUGUAGCCUGUACUGUAACACUGUAACCUAAAUGUUGUUGUUCCUCUAUUACAUUGUAAAAAAAAAAAAAAAAGUAGUACAACACCUUACAAUAAAGCACACUAAGCCUGACAAAGUAAAGGAAGAAUAUUUGUCCAGUGCAUUUAAAAUAACAAAUGUUAAAGUGUUUAUAAAGUUGCUAAUAAAGUGGACAGAUACAGAA